AUGAACGAAAGCGACGAAGAGAGUCGGAACGUUCAUAGACUUUUGCUUGAUUAUUACACAAAUGACGAAGUAGCUAAAGAUGUGGAGGGACCAGGUGAGUUGGGUUUAAGAUCCGCGACUUUAUAGCGUCGUAAAAUUUGUGGAGAAACUUCUGUGAUAUGGUAAUCACCGGCUCUAUAUUUGGCAAGAUAUUGUUUGCGCCGGCUUCUUUCGCGCUUUGAACUUCUCGAAACUAAUCUCUAACGUUUUUCAGUUUCGUUCCGUAAAGCUUAGCUUGUUACUUGCUUUGUUAGGAUAGGUGAACGACAGGGGUAACUUUAGACACCACGAGGAAAGUUAUCAACUAAUUCAUAUGCAAGUGUUUUGAAGUGGAAAACUUAGAUUGAGGCAAGGAAAUUUAUUUAUAAUAUUUCACUCAUAUUAGGUGAGUUGUUUGGCGAUAAAUCAGACAACGCGAACUAAAAGCAAAUUUUAAAGUAAACUUUCCGUUGGGCGAAUCAACGAUUUUGUCAUACGAUAAUUACAAAGAGCCUUAAAAGGGUUAAUCCUAGUGAUUAACUACCGAAUUUUGGAAAGCAGUGCUGUACUGAAGAGAAAGUACGAUUACUUUUGUCAAACUGUCACCGAUCAGCAAGAGUAAAUAUGACACGUUUUUCAGUCGCGAUAUAGGAGAAAACUGAUGUUCCUGCGAAAGUUAACACUCCUUGCUGAUUAUAAUUUGCUGGAGGCACGCUUAAUUUAUUAUUAACAAGGUAUUCAUCAGAUUGCAUCUGAUUUACCUCGCUGUUUAUUCAAGAAUUCUCGCGCUCUGUGAUCCGGCCUGUUAACUUGUCCCUUGCUCAGGGAUGCGAAAACAAGUUUAAUUCAAAUAGAAGUUGUUUGCAUGUCUUGUCGUACUUUUCAGUAGUCGAAGAUGUUGUAAAGAUCGUCGAAGUAUCCGGAGUUCUCUGUUCCAUUGAAAAAGAAAAAUACGAAAGCUUUUCAAAUGGCCUUUUUUUUUUAACAAAAUGCACAUCCAAUUAGGUUAUUUUAAUUCCAUUUCGUGCGAACGGAUGUAUCCCUGAUUAUUUGUCAUGACAGUUUGGGGGAUAUAUUCACGUGGAAAAAUACCCAAGUUUUGACAGUUCUUUGGCUUUAUUAUUGCAUUAAAGGAAUCAAGCACCAGUUAAAAUGUUGUACAAAAACGGCGAAGAAGUACGUUUUGGGCGCCGUUCAAUCACUCUGUAGGCACACAAGGUUUAAAGGCGGCUAAACAAGUGUAAGCUCACCUCACAGCGUUAAUAUCGCUUCUUCGAUAUUUCAUUAUUUGCAAGUAAAAAGAACCUUGAUAAUCCUGGUACCCCUGGGAAUGACACAUUUCAUUAUACCCAAAAUCGAAUGCAAUCGUAUUAAAGAACGAAUUAAAGAGUGUUUCAUGAAUAUAUCGCACUUUUGAGGUUUCGCGAAUGUCGUCGACAUUCCAAUACGUGCAACUACUCCCGACAUUUUGAGAGUGAAUACUGAUUUAAAUUUCAUAACAAGGAAGUUGUAAAAAUGGAUAGCAGUUAUUAAAGAUGUGAUUGUGGGUUUUUUCUAUAAAAGUAAACGUCUCACCAAAUACUUGAGAAAAUUACAGUACGUGCAACUCUACUCUACAUAUUGACUUUCGGUUUAUGGUAAUAAUAUGGAACAAGGAAUUUUGUAAAAAUGAGCAGUAGUUGCGACGUAAUUCAUGUAGUGUUUUCCUUUUGAAAUGAACUUCUCACAAAACAUCCUUAACUGCGGUCAUCUUCAAAAGAUGAGUGGAUCCUUCUCGCUACGUUAACCGCAGAGAUUUCAGAUAUUUUCUUUGUUUUGAACUUGUUCUGUCAGGUACGGUGGUUCAAUAUAAUUAGCUUAAAAUAAUCCUUCGAAGCGGUUCUUUUCAAUCCUGCCUGCGGUUAUUUUGAUUUUCUGAGCCGUAUUUUUGUUUUUGAUGUUCUAGAAUGUCAGAGUGUAAUUCUCUUUAACCGUGAAGGUCAUUUGAGGACAGGCCAACACUAAAGCCCUUACCAUGCAAGCGCUUGGUAACGGUCGUAAUGGAAAAGAUAACUUCAUUUAUGUAUGAGAAGUGCUUCAUAACGGAAGAAAUGACUUCAUUUCAUAGUUAUACAAACUAUUUGUUUGUUCCGUGAAGUUCAAUAUUGGAACGUUUUGUAUGGGCCCUUUGCAACUUGUCAGUCACAUCGCAGUUUACAAAACCCACAAACUGAACACCUAGUUUAAGAGCAAACAUGCCAGUGAAGGAAAAAAAAGAGCCUAUUCACACGCAAACAUGUAUAAAAUGGUUACUCUCCAUUAGCGGCUGCAUUGGUCAUUUUUUUCUACUUCAAUGACUAACGAUCGGAAUUGCCUUUUCCCCUAGACACAAGGAGAGAGAGGCCCUUUAUGCUUGAAUAAAUCAGUAUAGGACUAGCAACAAAUAAGUAUUGAAAUCAAUCAAUCAAUUUGGUCCUAUCCACAACGUGUUGUUUCAAACAAGCGCUUUUCGUAGUAACACUAAAAAGGCAUCAAAAGUUUCGCAACUACUUUGAUAAGUGGUUUAGCAUCGUUUUUGAAUGUCCACACUCAGUAAUCAAAUGUAGGUAUUCUCGAACGUGUUUACCACCAAAAACUUUCUUAAUACUUCCAUCUGUUCCUCUAGUUCAAAGCACGAUCGCCAAUUCUAAGGAAAUUCAUUGCCAGGUGAUGAGGCUUAGUGAGACGAUCUGAUUUAAAGUUUGCAACGUGCAUGAAAACGCUGAGAUAUCAAGUCAUUUUGAGGCAAAUAAAGUGAUAUUCUACUUUAUUCAGUUGCUUACGUGUUAUUUACCGCGUCUUUGUUUGAUUACACGCGAAGCCACGUUAUGUGUGAGUAGGCGAAAGCGCCUCAGAGGGGCGGGCUCUUGUCACUAGUGCAUCUCUUAAAUCCAGCAGCUAAGCCUCGUUGCGCGGGAACUUGAAAACGAGGUCGGUCCCGACACUCUAUAAUGACUCCUAGCACUUCAAAGGUGACGCUGAUAACAGCGUCUCUGUUCUGUUGUCUCGGACGCGCUAAGUAUGUUUGUGGUUGAUUCAUUAUAUUGUGAUGUAAAUAGUGCCUCUGCGAAAUCAUUUAUAUUAAAAGCAGGUUUUAUUAUUAUUAUUAUUUUGUCUUUUGACAAUACUUAUACAAAAGUUACAUCAUAUGUUCUUUUUAAAAGUAAAUUUUCGUUGCAUGAACUUCAUUUUAAAAAAAAAGGAACGCUUUUUUCCCUCACUGUAGAGAUUGCUUUGUAUAUCUUGCAAAAACUGAACUAAGUAGAAAGAUCUGGAUACGAAGUAUAUUGGGGAGCAUUUGCAAGCGAUAAAUAUUUUUCGCUAAAUUCUUUGCUCGCUUUAUGUAUUGUUCCAGAGAUUAAAUGCAGUUGUCGUGAUCACAUAAUCAGAGACCGUUUUACACCUGAAAGAGCACUUGACAGAGUCGUCUAUUUGCAGUUGUCAUUUUUCACGCUCUGAAGGUUUUGUUAGUUAAUCCAACCGUUGCUGCUCUUCUUGUUGACGGCAUUUACAGGGGCUGGUUUAGGCCAAGAAGUCGCUAUCUUCGAAUUUUGCACAGGAAUGCGCGUCUAGAAUUUCGAUGGUCGCCAGAUCAUCGCCAGGCGAAGUUGAAGCAAAUCAACCUGGUGCAAACUUCAACUACUAUGAUUCGUUAAACUCUCAUCUCCAAAAGCUUAUAGCUGAAUGUACACAAGGUAAAUUUGCUAAUUAAUUUGUUGUACACAACUGGUUUGCAAUCUUCCCGCAAGUUAACCAGAGUCUGUUUUAAUUCUUUCAGACAAAGUCAAGGUCAAAGUUGCGAUUGGUUUUGCCAUCGCUUGUGCUGUCCUUCUACUAGGGAUAUUUAUUUUGCUGCUGUACAAAGUUCUGUGGUUCAAAGCCAAGAGCAAUGAGGCCAGAAAAGCACCGCCAAAAAGCAUACCUCAGACCCGCGCGCCGGGAAUAUCGGAACGAGAUUUCAAAACGACUCGACAACAGCGUCGACAUCAGCCUCUGAUGCGAUCCGACAGCUCAGCAUCUGACAUUAACUUGGAUUCCGUGCUCAAAAAUAACAACUUAACUUCUUCGGAGUCAGAGAGCAGCGGACCGAGCUUCAAUCUUGGAAAACUCGAAUUCAACAUAAACUACGAUACUGAUACAGAGUCGCUGCGCGUCACUAUAGUCGCCGCGCACGAUUUGCCAUCCAUUCACAGCACAAACUACGUUGAACUGUAUCUCCUUCCUGAGCGAGUGGAAAAACACCAAACGAAGAUUCACUAUUCCGAUUGCAAUCCUGUUUAUAACGAAGAAUUUGAAUUUGAUAUUGGAUAUUCCGAGCUUGCGGAGCGGACCUUGCAAUGCUGUCUUUUCAGCUAUGAUGGUUUCUCUCGACACCAAUCUAUUGGGGAAGUGUUUCAUUCUUUCGGCGAGGAUGACCAGACGAACGAGUACACAGGAGUUUCGUUAUGUAAGGAUAUCAAGAGAGAUGUGUUUUUGUUAAAGGUGAGCAAAUUUCUUUCUCUGUUGUAUGAUAUAUUUAUCUAUGGAGGUAAAUACUGUUUUCUAAAAAUAUCGAAACAACAGGGAAUGCUAUGAUUUUAUUGAAUCCUAACAUCAGCUGACCAUAAAAUACGAAAAAAAAAAUUCGAUUAAAAGAAAGAAAUCAUUGCAUUUAUACUUCGGUAAGUGGAAGUCAUGGUUCUUGUUUUGUAAGUUUGAAAUACAAAACUUUUUACAGGAAAGUUUUUUCUGUAUCUUUGGCUGGGCCUCAACGGUUGGUUGCUUUUAAGGACAUUUUUAAUAGUCUUGUUUUUGUACUUUAAGAGCCCGUUAUAAUUUAUUCGUCCAGCUCUUAGCUAGACCUCUUGCUUUCAGGCCUCUGUUCCCAUAAUGUAACACCCUUUCUAUCAAUUUUCUUGCAUUAAUUGCCUUGACUCUACUUUACAAUGAGUAAGACGCGAAGUUCACAAGAAAGCCUGAAAACUGGGAUUCUUUAAAAGCGGACUAUGCUUGAUUUAAUCAAGCGUAUGAGUUAUUUUUAUCAAAGAAUUCGACCGUGGAACCCUAAAAACUAGUGAAAGCGUCCUCUUUAUACUUCACUGAGCGGAAAGUCCACAAUCAAACACAAAAUAUUGUGUGAUAUUACAGUUAAACAUCCGUUAAGCGUCCAUCUUCGGGGUACUGGCAAGUGGCCGCUCAAUAGAGGUUCGCCAUAAAUUAGCAUAGCAUGAGCAUAACCUUUAGUGGAAAGAUCUGCUUUAUUUUGUGAGCAUAACCUAUAGCGGAAACAUCCGCUUUAUUUUGAAACAAACGCGCGACGGAAGCAGCAUUUAUUUUCUGGUCCAAAAUCGGUCGUCACCUGAAUUUUCUUCAUCAUAUUCUUGAAUAAAGCCAAAUUAAGAUGAUGACCGCUUAAUAGAGGUUUAAUUUCCCAUUCUUUUUUACGACUAUUUCGGGACUUUGAUUGCUGGUUGCUAAAUGGAGGGUCAACUGUAUUUUGAUCUUUAGGAGGAGACCUUGACACGUGUAGGCGAGAUAUUGGUGUCCCUGUGCUAUCUUCCUACUACCAACAGGCUCACGUUUGUUGUCCUGAAAGCAAGACUUUCAAAAAGCUCCUUUGCUGGUGCCCUACCGAGUAAGUCAAGUUUAACAUUUUUUAGUUUUAAUUGAAGGAUUCUACUAGAUGUUGACAGUUCUAGUAUUAAAAAGCACUUCAUAUUAUGAAGCUUUUACUAUUGCACGUCAUCCAAUUCCUGCUGUUUUAACUAUUAAAGACAAGUUAACUAUAAUAACAAAACAGCAAAUUCGAAAGUGACUGGAGUUCUCCCGAUACUUCGGAUGGACAAACUGCGGUGCUAAAGUUAGCUUGUGUACAGACGACCCCACUCCCUCAGAAAAAAAUCUGGAGAAGAAACGAAAAACUCGGGAGAAGAGACGACUUCUUUUCUCCCGAUUUUUUCUGAGGGAGGGGGGACGUCUGUACACAGGCAAUUCUAAAGUAGGACGGCCUGUCCGUCCAAAGUAUCGAAAAAAACUCCAGUCGCUUUUGUCUUUGCUAAUUNCUUUUUAACAACAUAGAACUUUUUACGAUCUAUUUUACAUUUUUAUCGACCAUGCUUGAGGGAGAAUAAGACGGGAGUAAAGAGUUAAUGAGUGAGAUAUUUUGAAGCUGUAUACGCGAAGAGCAUCUCUUAAGAAAAGAAUGUUUACCUUUUAAUUCAUGAUCUCUUCCAUGAUUUUGAAAUAAUGUUUGAGGACACAAAAGCUAAUCUGGAGCUAAGAAAAUUCGAACGCACUCAUUAAUCUAUGAUUACUUCUAGUUAGUUAUAGUUCUUCUAUUUUACCAUACAAUAGAUAAUGAGAAGGAAAUAUAAGCUACUGAAUUUAUAAACAGACAAAUGUUUUCCCCCAACAUGUCCUGCAGAAAGAUGAGACCCAUUCAGCUUAAACAUUUACAGAAUUCACUGACUCGAAAAAAAAUUUUGCGAACCGUUCUCUGCUUUUUAACUUGUAAGAAUUUGUGUACUGCUCCUGUAGAGUUACAGAGUUUUGGUGAUUUUUGCAGACAUAUUAAAACAUGAAAGAGUUGGCCCAACUUUUUCAAGCUUUUUCAAGUUUCAGUCGAUGUGCAUCCUUGCCAUCCGUUCCCAGCGGCAACAGUCAAUGCCUAAUUAUAGUCUCAUAAAUAACAAAACUGGACCAUUAUUUUUGGAAUUUAAUCUAUGCGAAGACAAGUAUUAGCUUUUUUAAAAAAAAGAUAGCGAGUAGGGUGACAUAGUCCCUUCAAGAAAGAAAUUUUUUAAGAUACAUGUAAUUUAGUGCCAUGCUGUGAAAAAAUAAAAGAGACCUUCGCCACAGUAUUCAUGAGUCAAGCAUUCAGCAUCCUCAGGCGACAAUGCGUCUGCUAUACGUCCUAUUAAUUCUUUGUAACCGACAAUCACUUAGUUUUGAAUAUCUGCCACGUAAAACAGCUUCUAGUGAAUAGAUAUUAGUAAUGAAGACUUUUUGAGCCAACCUUUAUUUUACUCACUGACUAGAUUUCCUACUAACUAGACAUCAUUAUAAAUCGCUGCACGGGUUGUCUGUAAUAGUAGAGUCAGUCUCAAUCGAACGGUCUUAUUGUCAUUUACAUGUAUUUAACAGUUUUUGGACUUAAAAACAAAAUGUGCUGAAAGUCUUGUCGUCUUGAAAAUAUUUUGGUUUCUAGUGUAUUUUUUCUUCCAAUUAGCCCAUUAGUAUUGCGGAUUUAUUUAACGCAAACAUCAGUCAAGGCUGUGUUUACCCAGUGGACUUGUAGAAAGUUCGAUUUGGUCUUUUCAAAUUGCCUGAAGAAAAUUCUCGCUUUUUUGUAUAAAGUGUAUCUGAAUUCAUUUUUAUCAGUCAUUAAUAGAAUUUGAUUUUAAUACAAUUAUAUAAGAGAAUGAUAGUGAUCUCUAAAUUUUUAAAGUGAAUUUAAAAUAUAUUUAUGACAUAACUCAUGUUUGAAUUUUAAAGUAGCACUCGUAAAUGUUACAUUGACCUGGCAUUAUUAGAACCUUUGGAAAAUUACACUGUUUGGUGUAAUUUUUAAUUUUAAAACUGAAAUACGAAUUUCCAUAUCUUUGGUCUUCGUUUCACGUGGCUGCAUCUCAAAAGCUGAUUGUUUAUAUCUUAAAAUUAUCCUAAAACAUCUUUUAGAUUUCUUAAUUCUGCGUGCUUGUAGCGGAUUGAGAUUCGUCAUUCGCUGGCCCUAACGUCCUUCGUACACUGUUUCGUAUAUAUUGCAGUGCUUCAGUGCUCUGUGUCAUAAAUUUGUCUAAUAAAGUUAAGCUUCCACGGUUGGUGGAUUUUGAAGGCAAAUGUGGCAUGUUGUUUCGUUUUCUGUAACUCAUUGUGUGUGAUAAGUCUGAAGUGGAACGCGCCCUCCUUCCCGCCAGAGGUGGAGUUCGUUUCGCUGCCAAACCCGAGGCCGAUUCAACUCUCAAGUCCCACUGACUCGCCGCUGUUGAAGUGGGAAACCGGUUUGAUCUAAAGUGACGACCUUUUCGCGAAGUUUCGUCAUUAAGUCUCAAACUACUCCUGGAUAAGAGAUGAAAGUCAAGUCGUGCCACUUCUGGCAGUCGUGAAUACUCGGACAGCAGUUGAACAUCAUCAUUGUCAUGCGAUGGUUUUCCGUUUAACACACGUUCAGAUCGUAACGCGAUCAGCAGCGCUUGUUUCUGUGCUUGUGACUGCCGAAGCUGCGAUUUUAUGAGUCUGAUUUCCGACUGCAGCUCGUCCUGUCUGUUUCUCAUUUCACUAACAGUGUCCUCUAACGUUUCAAUAAACGCUCUGCUCUCUUCAAUACUGUCGUACGGACCGGGCGGAUCGUCGAAGCAAAAAAACUCCAGCACAGGCUUCACUGAUAUAAUAUCCUGUCGUAUUAAAACAUUGUCGAUGUACUCUUGUAGGCCUUUUCUCCUUUGUUCAAUAAAAUUUGCGUCAAAGUUGUCUCCAAAAUAUCUUUUAGGUGGAAGAACGCCGUUGAAGUCAUUUAAUAGUUUACGCAAUUCUUCAUCCAUGCGGACGAAGUCGGAAUACCUGCGAAAUACAUGCCAGUUUCGCUCGUUUCCUAGUUGGACGAAGAUCUGAUACACCGUGAAUCGUUUUCUCGCCUCUACGACUUCGUACCCUACGAUCGGGGCCUGAAUUUCAACUUCAUUUAUUGACUGAAACGAUUGAAAUUGAUGUUCGUUGUCACCAGGUGCCUCGCUUAUGUCUGCGGCCAUCAGUAUUGUCAGCGCAACUUAAUUUUCGCACUUUUGGCAUGAAGUAUCUCCAUCAAUUACUACCCGUGCUUUUCCACGUCGAAGGUGUAUUAUUUUGCUCAUUUUAGUUCCGGUCAUGUAAAUUCAAACAUUCGUUGUAUAAGGUGUUAUUUCAUUAUCAACAACAAUGAGACGAUUUCAAUUUCCAAUUCAAAUUAGACUUCGAAACACUGCUGCACAAUUAUUGAUAGUGUUCGCGCGCAGUUUCUGUCGUCUCCCACCGCUGAUUUCUAAUAGCGCUUUAAGAUUUAAAAUUCUUUUUGUAGACCCUUGUGGUCUCUGCAGUAAGAGUAUAACAAUAGUGAUCAACUUUUAAUUUUUCACUUGAAAGAAGCUAUACAGAGAAGUCACAAUCUGACAGAAUAUGAGCUGCAUUAAAGUUAUAUUGUUAACAUUCAUGGGAGUCAAUUUUUAUCAUGCCCCAUCGUGCGGAACCUGAAAUAAUUUGAGUUAGAAUUAAUGGCUACUUCAGUUUAAGUUCUUGUGAAGGUAGCUUACACUCUGACUGAAUGGAAAAUUUUUUUUUGUCAUAGAUAUUAGUAACAUAUAAUUUAAGUUAUAUCAAUGGAGAAGUUAUUUGCAUAAUUCUCAGUGGCUCUUAACCAUUUAUGACAUAUUGAAGUUUCAUGUUCAAUAUUGUUACUCAAAGGUCAGCAAGACAUUAAUGUGUCGUUGUCUUUCGAUUUAUACCUUAUUAAAUGAAUUAUGAAUUAUGAAUUAUGUGAUGCAUUUUUAAUGAAUUUUCUUGGGUCGUGUCAACUUUUAUAGUAUUUCCAUUUGACUCUUUAAACUAUAUUUUAAACGAUAAAAAAAGCGAUUUUUGCUACUCAGCAGACAGGUUUUUUAAGUUAAAAAGCUUAACCUUUUUUGAAGAGGCAUUCCCUCAGGUUUUAAAGUAUAAUUAUCUGACAGGGUUUUUCCUUUUUAACACAUCAGUUAAUUAGGUUAGUAGUGUUUCAAAAUGAUUCACUUCUUUAUGGGAAACUAAUGUUUCGAACUGUUUACUACUCCUAGAUACUUGGUUUCGAUUUGAGUUUAAGACAUUAAAAAUGAAUUGUAUUUAAUUGCUUAAUUUCCUCAAAGUAAAGCCAAUAUUCACUCCUAAACUCAGAGUGGAAAUUGCGUUCAAUGUUCUCUGUAAUUUGUUGUUUAGGAUCGAACGCUAACGAGAAGUAGUGUCCCUGUGAUAGUUAUCACAAAGUGUCCAUAAAAAAAUCCCCCAAAAAACAUAUUAUAGGGGUAAGCCUGCGAGCAACUCUCCAUUUGGGGGAGUCGCGAGAAGUCACGCGAGAGCUGCACGCGAAAGAAGAACGCGAGUGCGAGGGGUGGGGAAAGAAAGGAAGAACUCUCCUUUUCCUUCGCGGGUCGCUUCGUUCGCCAUGUAUGGAGAGCUUGCUCGCAGACUAGCCUUACCUUAUUCCAGACUCACAGAGUGAAACAACUUUCUUCCCAUGUUUCUGUCCUCUUCUGCAUAUGCUUAUUAAUUGAUUGAUUUUAAUUUUUUUCAGACCCUUUUGUCAAAGUAUCCCUCAUGUUGGCUGGUAGACAACUGAAGAAGACAAAGACCUCAGUCGCGACCAACACCUUACUUCCGGUCUACAACGAGGCGUUUGUCUUUGAUGUACCGAUCGACCGUUUGAGUGACGUUAGUUUGCUCGUUCGUGUUCUCGACUCAAGCGCAGGAGAAGCCAGUCGACUUGGUGCGCAAACGAUUGGUAAAUGCAUAGUGGGUCCGGACGCUCAUACCAGCAUUGGUUUACAUCACUGGAACUGUAUGAUGACAACUCCAAGAAAGCCAAUUGCUCAGUGGCAUCCGUUAGUGAAAACAUGAAGGAUCUAUUUAUCGCCCCAUGUAAGGUUAUUUGGAUUCCAGAAUCCGGGAAAAUCAAGAAUCCUGGGCUUUGGAACCCGAAAUUCAGCUCAAGGAAUCCCGAAUCCCACUAACAAUCGAUGGAAUCCGGAAUCCAAAUUCCACUCACAAGGAAUCUGGAAUCCAGUUCCAAAUUAGGGUAUCAAAGAUCCAGGAUCCAGGAUCUCAGAUUACCUUAUAUGGGGCGAUAUUUAACACGGCACUCACGAGACGACUUUGUUGCAGCGACAGGUUGUGGGGACAAACCUGUUACCUUUGCGACGGAUUGCACAAUCAAACCAGUGUAAAUUUUUGCGAUAUGUCACUGGUACAUAAUUUCGUUGUAAAGAAACUUUUUUCUGAUCACAUGAAAAUCGAUAAGCCCUCUGCGAUUAAUCGGUUUAAACGCGCCCUAAAUGUUUGUCGAGGG